AUGACACCUAACUCCCUUCCUUCAGAAACAUCAGCCCAAACACCUAGCUCAUGUCCUUCAGAAACACCACCCCCCAUGACUGCUACAUCUUUCACAGCACCCCUUCCCAAUUCUUCACCUUCUCCAGUCGAGGAUGAGAACAAUACCAAUCCCUUCAUUCCUGAUUCCAGUACGUCUGGGCCUUCUCCUUUUGAGGACAACAACAAUCCCCUUCCUGCUGAAUUUACUCACACCUCCUCAAUUACAGAUGUCUUGUUGGAUCCUGUACUUUGUGUGCUUGACAAUUCUUUUACUGCGCCUGUUGAGCAUCUUCCAAGUCAACCUGAUAGCCCCCCCUCCAGUCAGCCUCAACCUCAUACUACUACCUCAUUUACUCCAACUAAUCAAGAUUCCCUGAUCCCAAUGAUAAAUAGUAGUCAUAAGCAACCUGUUAAUGACACUGCACCAUCCAAGGGACAAUGCCCAAAGUGUGCCCGCAAGCUCACCAAAAAGGCACAACAGCUGUGCAGCAUGGGCUCUGACUCACGUGAGAGCAACAAAGGACAGCGGAAAGCAAAAGGUGGACAGCGCGCAAAAUAG